AACGCCCUUGGACUACACGAAGGUGAUUGGAUUUCGGAAAUUGUCAUUACUUCAAAUUCACAAACUCGGUGUACUCGUUAGUAUUUACAUGAUUUGUUUAUGAGUUUGCUGAUAAAGCAUGUCAAAUAAUACUUUUAAGGAACUAAAAUGACGUUAGUUAUUUAAGUGAAUGUGAACCAUCAUUGGGUUCGCUACUGGAGAGUGUCACUUUAAUCUUCCACCGCGAUCCAGUUACAAACUCAUGCGAGCCAUGGGGCCGUAGAAGCCUUCGCGUGGAAACAAGCACACACCGACUGUUAUGUUCAUCGUCGCCGGCUGGAAACAACCAACGGUGAAUUGACUUGGUCAGGUCGCUCCAGUCCCGCCAGCCCGGGUGCAGGCAUGUCGGAGAAGUAGCUGCGGUCAACCUCAAUGAUUCACUGAAAGACACCAACACGAAUAUUCACCAUUUUCGGGAUUUGAAGUUGAAAGUCAAAUUGCCUUUUGAUGCUGCGUGGGGCCAUUCAGCAGCCUGACUACCUGUUUGCAGUCAUUGGGCGCUACCUCAAUUGAGCAUUCACCUCGGGUCGAGUUGUGGGGGCAGGAGCCUAAGCAGGGAAGGCCACAAUUCUCCCUUCCAAGCCUCUUUGCCCAGCUCUUCCAGGAGGAUCCUAAAUGUUUCCAGUUCUAGUCGCCCCAAGAUUCUCUGCUUGAUGCAGAACCUCUUCCUCGACCUGGAGAGAGUAUUCCACCCUUUUCUGGCUGAGGACCAUGACCUCAGAUUUAAAGUGUUACAGAUAUUCCUGAGUCGAUUGUGCAAGUGGAGCAGAUGCUACUCUGGUGUGAGAGGCUAGUAUUGGUCAACAACAGAUGUGCAGAUGUUGCAGCGUGGGGAGACUACUACAGUGAGUGGGCUCAGCACACCAGAAGUUCAAUUCCAAGAAUCGUCCCUGAUGAAUGUGAUUCCAAAACACUGAAAACCUCUGGAAACAGCUCCAGUGCAACCAAAGCUGUGAAAGAGAAGAACACCAUUUCUUAAACACCACACAAGAACCAGCUACAAUCAGCGCAUUUCCAUGUCUAAAUCAGCCCAGAUGCCACUGUCCAACAUAACGGUGUCAAAGCCCUCAAUCUCUCGGGUACCCAGCAGCAUGGAGGGAAUCAACCAUGAGUUAGAGAAGGUCUUUAUCAAAGACAAUGGGGAGAAGGAGGAGUUAAAGUCCCUCGAGGUUCCUGAUGGUCGCCGGGCACCUUUUCCACCCCAGCAGCGUAGCAGCAGCUCCAGAGGCACUGACAUCCAAAUUCCCUCAGCUCCUGGGCGGUCCAGCAGUUGCUCAAGCCUGUCACCAUGCCCCUCACCCGCUUGUCCAUCAGGAUCACAUGAGAGCAGUCCUUACUCCACUGAGGAUUUACUCGAGGAUCCAGAUAAAGACAGUGAGAGUAGUUCGCCAUUACCCAAGUUUGCUUCCUCACCCAAACCCAACAACAGCUACAUGUUCAAGCGAGAGCCGCCCGAAGGUUGUGAAAAGAUUAAAGCCUUUGAAGAGAUUAGCUCCAGACAGUCCACAUCAGCAUCAGUUCCUCUCUUCUCCUGUCCUGACAAAAACAAAGUUAACUUCAUUCCAACUGGUUCAGCAUUCUGCCCCGUUAAACUCCCAGGCUACCUACACCUCAUGUCAGCCGUACAGUCUGAAGAGAUUGAGGAUGAGACGGAGCUUCAGGGGGUGACAACAUUGCAUGGGGUCUCUGCUCAAGCCUCUACAAGUAGCACCACAGAUGAUCCCCCAGAUGUCCCGUCCUUACCCUCAGAGACUCCAGAUAACCAGACUUCUAGUCCAGCCUUAAGCUAAACCUGAGCAGAGCUGGUCUCUAUAGCUCUAGGUUUUACCAUUGUCAAGUAUGACCAAUGACUCUCCCAAAACACCUCCUUUUGGCUCUGCCAAGAGAGCAUUAGUAUUUCUGUGUUGACCCCUUCAACUUAUCUUCUCUUUCUGCAUGAUGUACAAAUUUUCUCCAACACCAAUAACCACUUUCACACCACCAAGACUGCCACAUUAUUAUCCUGUCCUAUAUUAUUCCCUUACGUUUGUCAAGGAAAAUAAGUCUAUCAUAUGUGGGAAAUAUAGGGAAGAAUGGUGCGUAAUGGAAGGGAGAUACAUUUUAAACUGGUAUUAUAUUUGUUCUUAAAUUAUGUAUUGUACUGUUUUAAACAUUUGCACAAUGAAUAAUAUCUCUAAAUAGAUGCAUGUUUAUUUAGUGUGUGUGUGUGUGUGUGUGUGUGUGUGUGUGUGUGUGUGUGUGUGUGUGUGUGGGUGUGUGUGUGUGCGUGUGUGCGUGCGUGCGAGUGUGUCAUCAGAAAUCUUCCACGACUGGUAGAUAUAAGAUAUCUUUGAUAUCCAAACUACAAGUUUCCCCCUUCAAAGUCUUGAAACCCUUUGCUCCCACUUUAUGCAUUCCUGGAAGGAUUCUUCCAUGGUUUUACAUAGCUCUGUCAUCACAGCUAUCUUGAUACUGUUCAUGUCUUCAAAACAGUUUCCACUAAUGAUCCCUUUGAGUUUAAGCAAGAAAUGGGGGGAGAAAAUCACACCCACCUACCACAACCCUUGCCUCUUCUCAUUGAACAACGCAAAUGUCACACCACUCAUUGGACCUCUUUUUUUGUGUUUGCUGGUUAAUCUUGUGGCUCACAUUGAAAGGCAAUAGUUUUAGUUUGGAGUGAGGGGGUGUUCUAUAUAAAUCUAUAUAACUGUAUGUAUGUAUCAGUGACAGACCCAUGCAUUUGGGACCUAGUCCCUCCGGAGAUUAAAAUGACCUAAUCCAGCCGUAAAUACUGCCAUGGCCAUGUUGCAAUUUUACAAAGUAUACAAAAAUACAGUAUUGCAUGGCAUUACAGUGAGAGAGAGAUUUUAGUUUAUUAUUUAGCAUUAUUUAUUUGGCUGCAAAUUUAGCAAUUGCUACACAGCAUCUUUAACUAUUUGUUGAAGGAUACUAACAACACAGAUACCGUCUAUUGUUAACAAGGCAUUUAUACAUGUCUACGUCUGUCUCUCCGCUCACAUAUCUUUAGAGCACAGAAUCAAACAAAUGUAUGAUCCUGUAAACACUAUCUCCUACAAACUCCAUCACAUGUUUUGCUCCUCCAACCACUGACACAUUACCAACCUUGCACAAAUCACAUGACAGCUCAAAUAAUAUAAAUCAAUCCAUUUUCAGGAUGUAUUAUCCUCACUACCAUCACAGACGUGCAGGAGGUGUCUCAGGGCAAGAAGCAGGUAGACCCUGAGCUGGUCGCCAGCAAAUCGCAGGGCACUUAUAAACAAACAUCUGUUCACAGCUAUAGGUAAUUUUUAACCAUUCAUGUUCUUGGGAUGUGGGAGGAAACCCACACAGACAAAGAGCUGUUGAUUCAGAAAUAAAAAUAUAAGUUUUUUUUUCCCUUCUGCUGAUGCCGAUUAAUGGCUUUAUAAUCAAGCUCAUUGUGUAGUGCUCUCUGAAACGUGCCAAAAAAGUCCUUUGAGUAAAAAUAAGCAUAAGCAAUGGUGUUGGUUAGUCUAUCCUCACAAUGUCCAAAUUUUCUUAAAAAAUACAGAUUAAAAUAGUCUUAGUUUUUAAAUGUCUGACAUCAAAUCACUUUCUCCUCCUGGCACUUCUGCAAUUUUGGGCAGCUUCUGCUCUAAUCAACUAAAGACUGGUAAAUGCCUACGUCACUUGAAGCUUUCUAUAUUGCCUUGUUUAUUGAUUCUGAAAUCUAAAUAAAAUAAACACCCAUUAAUACUAUGUGUCUGUGG